GACCGGAAGCUGACGAAGGUGGAGCAGCAGCGCUUCAAGGAGGAGGCGGAGAUGCUGAAGGGGCUGCAGCACCCCAACAUCGUCCGCUUCUACGACUCCUGGGAGUCCACCCUGAAGGGCAAGAAGGGCAUCGUGCUCGUCACCGAGCUGAUGACGUCCGGCACCCUCAAGACGUACCUGAAGAGGUUCAAGGUGAUGAAACCCAAGGUUCUGAGGAGCUGGUGCAGGCAAAUCUUGAAGGGGCUCCACUUCCUGCACACGCGGACGCCUCCCAUCAUCCACCGGGACCUGAAGUGCGACAACAUCUUCAUCACCGGCCCCACCGGCUCCGUGAAGAUCGGAGACCUGGGACUGGCCACCCUGAUGAGGACGUCCUUCGCCAAGAGCGUCAUCGGCACGCCGGAGUUCAUGGCGCCGGAGAUGUACGAGGAGCGCUACGACGAGUCGGUGGACGUGUACGCCUUCGGGAUGUGCAUGCUGGAGAUGGGCACCUCCGAGUACCCCUACUCCGAGUGCCAAAACGCCGCCCAGAUCUACCGCAAAGUCACCAGC